AUGGCGCAGAACAUUGAGUCUGGUAGCAUCAGCUCAUUCCUGUUGCUAAUUCGCAUUGGGCAUCUUGAGUUGGGCGGUAAACUGGCCGAAAAAGUGACGGACCUCUUUCCCACCGGCAGAUUGCGCCAAAGUUUUGAGACUCAAAAAUGCCACUUCGCAUUAAACAUCAUCUGCUUAUUGUUUCCAACAGGCAUACUUGGCUGCCUUGAUAGGCUACAGUUGGAUUACGUAGAUAUUAUGCUGGUGACCAAAGCGCCCGACUCUCCCACACAUAUCGAGGAGGUGGUUCGCGCCUGCACGCAUGUUGUCGAACGUGGUUGGGCCUUCUAUUGGGGCACCUCCAGAUGGAAUUCAGCCGAGAUAAUGGUAAGUAGACUUUCUUAA